AUGUAUGGUAGCGACGAGACAAGUACGCUACGGCAGGCCAUAAGAGAUGGCAAUCUCGUCGAGCUUAGACGCAUUAUUCAGCGGCGGAAACUGUCUGUCAGGGCCCCGAACUUUGAAAACGGCUGGCCGUUACUAUUCUAUGCAAUAUCUGCCAGUCAGAACGAAGUCGUGCGGUAUCUUAUGGAUCAUGGCCAUGAAGCUGAUGGGAUAUCAAGGGACUUUGAGGGCAACACAGCCCUAAUAAUAGCUGCCCAGUACAAGAACGAAGAAGCCUUCCAGAUCUAUGUGGAACGGCAUCCGACAGUCAUUUCCCUGGCAAACAACAAAGGGCAAACAGCAAUCAUGGUGGCAGUCUCCAAGGACUUGGUCGAGAUUGUGUCCAUGCUGUUGGACGAGGGCGAUGAUGCUAAUAGCGCUGACUCGGAAGGAUCGACUUUACUACAUCAUGCUUCUGCUUGGGGUCAGGCAGACAUGCUCCAUCUGCUACUGAAUCGUGGUGCUGCCCAGUCCAUGAAUGUCACAAACAAAAAGGGAUGGAAGGCAAUUGACUACUCAUACACAUCCGAAACACGAGAUUACUUGAUGGAAUGUGAACGUGCAAUGUCCUCAUCAAAACCCCUCCCACCACCACCAAUACGAGUCGCUCAACCAGCUCCAGUAAUACCGCUCCCAUCAAGUACAAACACGGGAGCAUCAUCGGUACUAUCACUCUCGCAUCUAAGGUCACGAACAGCGACGGAAGAAGGAUCACUACGAGACUUUUUCUCUGGAACCCUCACAAAGGAACGAUCUAGAGCUGGAACAGAAGAGAGAUUAAGUACUGCCAAUCACGAUACCACAAAGGAGGAACCUAAUUCAAGGAAGAAUGCGAAUCUGAGGAUACUCUUUUCGGCUCAGUAG